UAACAACCCGACUGUAAAUUUUACGAGCGGUCCAUGAACGCAGCCUGACUUCACUCUUCUUCUACCCACUGCAGCCAUUUUGAUUUGGAACCGCACCGCCGGGAGAAACUGACUGGAAAAGAAGUGGUUUCGGAUAGGGUGAUGUGGGACCAGGGAGGACAGCCGUGGCCGCAGUGGCCUCUAAGCCAGCAACAGUGGAUGCAGUCUUUUCAACAUCAGCACGACCCGGGUCAAGUGGACUGGGCGGCUCUUGCACAGGCGUGGAUAGCCCAAAAGGAGUCAACGGGAACACCACAGCACAGCGUCCAGCCAAAUGGCCAGGACAUCCCGGGGCUUGACUCUGCUCCACCGCCCAGUAACCAUGGAUCCUUCCAGGGAGACUCGGCAUUUGGAAGAAUAUGGCAGCCAGAGUGGGGGAUGCACAGUCAGCCCCCUCCUCCUCCUCCGCCCCCUGACCAGGCCUGGAUCCCUCCAGGUUCAGGACCAAUGGAAGUGGUGACCCCCAAUGAGGACAGCAACAGCCAGGACAGCGUGGAGUUCAACACUGAAGCCCACCGCGGGGUUUUCCCCCAGAACAGCCAUGGGUAUGGGGCACAGCCCGACAGCUACGCCAUGGCCCCCGUGGCCAUGAACCAGUUUGAUUAUCAGCAUGGAGCUGCUUCAACGUUCACCCCCACCCCCUCUUCCACGGGGUUUCCUUCUCCAUACUGGCAAGGCCCUCCACAGAACAGACGCGAUCCCCGACCACCAGGGUUCAGAGACCGGCCCAGGUCUCCCGUCCAGCUGCCUGUCAAACCAGAGACUCCAGCACCUCUAGAUGCGGUGAAACGACGCACCUUACCAGCGUGGAUCAGAGAGGGUCUCGAAAAGAUGGACAGGGAGAAGCAGAAGAAGAUGGAGCGAGAGCGAAUGGAGAAGGAGCGUGCAGAAAUGGCGAAAGAUGAUCCUAAAAAGAAUGACGUUGAUGAGGACGGGGAUGGGCCACGUUUACCCCGCAAGAGUAAAUUUGACAGCGAUGAUGAGGGAAAUGACCAUGAGGAUGAUGAAAAGAUCUCCGUUAAAAAAGAGUUUCCCGUUAAGAGCCCAUCUCCGCCUGCAGAAGAUAGCGAACCAGAAAUGAGUGAGGACUUAAAAGAAGAGCUCCUGAUGGGACUCACUAAGACACUCCUGACGGAGAUCCUCCUUACCGUCACCAAUGAAGAGAUCCUGCAUGUGGCCAGAGACACUCGCAGAAAAGCCACACGAGCUCCUGCAAAACAGCUGGCACAGUCAAGUGCACUGGCUUCUCUGACUGGUCUCAGUGGUAUUGGUGAUUAUGGUUCAGACGAGAGCGAGGAGGAGGACGAGCGCAGUGUUCGAGGAUCGGAGUCUUCUGACACAGACGAUGAAGAGCUGCACCAUCGCAUUCGGGAGAAGCAGGAUGCCUUCCGCCGCAAAGAGCGAGAGAUGCAGAUGUUGCAGGAAAAACAAGCACAAGAGGCUCUACUUGCACGUGAGGAGAUGGCUAAGGAGAGAUUGAGCAGAGAAAAGGGGGAGUAUGAGAAUCCGUUAGAAAACACACACAAACAGGAAGUAAAGGAGAGAGAGCCAGAGCCCUUGGUAGACAGGCGAGUGUCACGCAGUGAUGAGGGCAAGCAUUCAGCCAAAGGGAAGGAGCAGUCAGGGAGAAGUGGCAGCAGUUCUCCAGCCAACGAUUGCAGCAGCAGCUCCCACUCCACCUCCAGCCACAGCAGCUCCCGCUCUUCCUCCUCAUCCUCUUCUUCUUCAGCGUCUUCCCGAAGCUCCUCUCGGUCCUCGUCCCCUCGGCGGAAAAGGAGGCGUAGUCGUUCUUCAUCCCGUAAGGGUCGCCGGUGCAGCCGAAGUCGCAGUUCCCAUAGGCAUCGCAGUGAUAAGGGCAGGGACCGGAGGAGGAGCAGUGCAGUGCGAUCGGGCCGCCACAAGAAGGACCGCAGUGUGUCCAGAGAGCGCAGGAGUCGCAGGAGUAGAUCCCGAUCCAAAGACCGAGGUAGAGGCAGGGCGAGAGGCAGGGAUAGCCGCAGUCGCAGCAGAGACCGAGGGAGGGAUAAAGAGAAGAAAAGGAGCCGAGAGCACAGAGAUAGCAGUCAUAGUCGCAGCAACAAACGCAAACAAAAGGCUUCCAGCAAAGACAGACACAGGGAGAGAGACAGGAGUCGAAGCCAUGACAAAGAGAGAGAAACGAAGAAAAAGGAUAAAGACAAGGAAAGAGAAAAGGAAAUGGAUAGAAAGAAAGAUAGAGCUAAAGAGAAGGGAAGCUCUGCAACAGAAGAAGAUGGCAAAUCAAAAAAAAGGAAAGAAAGUGAUUCACGCUCAGAAUCCCAGAGUGACAAACGCUCUCGACAAGAUAGCAAAACCUCCAAGAAGGGCUCAAGCAAAGCUAGCAAGAGACACUCAGACUCGGACUCUAGCAGGUCCCCCACCCCUGAAGUAAGCAAGGAAAAAAAAUCUAAAAAAUCCAAACGCAGUCGUUCAAGGUCGACGGAAAAAUCUCACAAGUCUGGUAAGAAGGCAAGCCGCAAACACAAGUCUAAGUCACGAUCAAGGUCAGCAUCCCCGUCCCGUCGUAGCAGGCGCUGAGGAGCACGAUCCAUGUCCGGAUCUGUGCACUGAAUCGUUUAAAUUCCAUGAGUUGAGCAGGCUUGUCUCAUUAUAGAGGCACUUGUGUAGGUGAACACCCCUCAUACAUUUCUUUUAUUGUAAAUAUGUUAUCAUUUUUAAAGUGUAACUGAAGAUCGUGGCAUUUUGAAUCUUAGAGUUCAUUAUACAAAGUUAAUUGGACACUGAAAACUAAAGUUGUAUGAUUUUAAAACAUGACAAGAUUAACGUUUUUCCUCCCCAUACAUACAUUGUUGUAAAGUGUUCAAUAAAAACUGUUUGUUCA